AUGUCGUCUGGAUCGGAAAAAGGAGGAGCACGGGACAUUAGGUGGAAACAUGGACGGCCAGUGGAGGGAAAUAAAUAUGGAGCCAUAUGCAACUAUUGUGGCCAAGUGAUACGGAGUGGGGGAGUGUCUAGGCUAAAAGAACAUUUGGCAGGGGGAUACAAGAAUGUGAAAGACUGUCCAAGUGUAACAAGGCCAGUGAGAGAGGAGAUGAAAGCAGUUUUAACUGAAGUGAAGUCACGCAAGCUGCAGCAAAGGGAUUGGGAGAGGGAUAUGAGGGAGGAGCUACGAGGCACUGGAUGGGGCCUAGGUGCUAUCGACGAGCAUGAUGAUGACGACGAUGAGGGGAUUGUGUACCUCGAUGACUGUGUUACGGCUCGAGAAAUGAGUGAUUUUAGACAAGUGAUUCGUGAGUCUCGGGCUUCAGAGUGGGAGGGGGAGCAAAGAAAAUGGAUUGAUGAGAGUAGGCCGUCGUUUGGGACGUCCCGACAUGAGGCUGGUGGGAGCAGCAGACGAUUUGAGGGAGGCAGCAGGCAUGGCCUACAACGCACGCAAAACGCUCGUGUCCCAGAUGCACCCAUCGCAGCAGCCAAUCCUCACUUCAAAAAUAUGAUUGAGGAGGUGCAGCGUGCAGGGCCCUGCGUGAAGCCUCCCACGCCACAGGAGAUUCUUGGCGUCUACCUCGAUCGGGAGUACGAGGAGAUGCAGGCUUGGAAUGUUGUCCAAGUUGUGACGGACAAUGGUAGUGCGUUCGUUAAGGCGGGGAAGAAAUUGAUACAGAAGUUCAAUCUCUAUUGGACCCCGUGUAUAGCACACUGCAUUGAUUUAAUGCUCGAGGAGAUUGGCCAGAGGGAUUCUGUCAAGAAAACCAUCCAGGAUGCGAGGAAAGUGACAAACUUUAUAUAUAAUCACUCAUGGUUGUUGGCUGCAAUGCGUGAGUGUUGUGGAGGGGACAUCGUUAGACCAGGCGCGACACGAUUCGCCACGAACUUCAUUGCACUUGACAGCUUAUACAGGCACCGCGUGGGUCUCAGAAAUUUGUUCAGAUCCGAGAGAUACAUGGAGUGGAAUCAGAAGAAGACUGAGGGUGUAAAGACAUGUUCAAAUAUAGUGCUUUCCGAUGCCUUCUGGGAUAAAGUUCACAACGUUGUUUCCUUCCUGCAUCCGAUUGGGUGA